UUCAUUUAGAGCAAUAACUGCUACUUAUUAAUUGCCUUCCUCCGGCCAGCAGCCGACCCGCCGCCGUCCGACGUCGGAAAUGGGGGAAGAAGAAGCGACCGGCGGCGAAGCGGACCGCGGCAGCUGCGUGGCUCAUCUGCAGCUGCCCCUCAAUGACCCAAGCUUCAACCUGGAGAACGCCGUGUGCAGCCACGGGCUCUUCAUGAUGGCCCCCAACCGCUGGGACCCCGCCUCCAAAUCCCUCCUCCGCCCCCUCCGCCUCUCCAACUCCUCCUCCUCCCUUCCCGUCCGCAUCUCCCACCCCUCCCCUUCCCACCCCCUCCUCCUCGUCUCCGUCUUCGGCGCCUCCUCCCUCUCCUCCCAAGACCAGCAUGCUAUCCUCGCACAGGUGCGCCGGAUGCUUCGGAUAUCCGAUGAGAAUGACCGGGUGAUGAGGGAGUUCCAUGAGCUUCAUGCCGGCGCGAAGGAGAGGGGCUUCGGACGAGUUUUCCGGUCGCCAACCCUGUUUGAGGAUAUGGUCAAGUGCAUCCUCCUCUGCAAUUGCCAAUGGCCUAGAACUCUGUCAAUGGCUAGAUCACUCUGUGAUCUUCAACUGGAGCUGAACCUUCGCACUUCUCGUGAGGAUUUUUAUCCGAAGACACCUGAACCCAGAGAACUAAAGAGAAAGCGUGGAAAGAAAAAGAAGAUAGUUGUGAAACUAGAAACCAAGUUGAUAGAGGAUGAAGCUGGAUUAGCAGAAGAUGCAAACUCGGAGAUCAACCCUGACAACGAGCCAAAAGAUUUACAAGUGAAGGAAACACCUUCAAGCACACCCUCGCGUACGGAAGAAACAAGAAACAGCUUCAACUUGUCUGAACUCUCUACUGUUUCCAUCACCCUUCAUGACUUGUCAGGAGAUAUGCCUUGCCCAUCCAAACAAAUGGGUGAUUUUCCUAGUCCAGAAGAAUUGGCAACACUUGAUGUGGAUUACCUGGCCAUGCGUUGUAAACUUGGAUAUCGAGCCCAGCGUAUAGUAUCACUUGCUCAAAAUAUCGUGGAACACAACCUACAGCUGAGAAAGCUUGAAGAAGUUUGUGGUGAAUUCACAUUAUCUAGCUAUGUUGAACUGGACAAGGAGUUAUCUGGUAUCUGUGGUUUUGGUCCUUUUACACGUGCCAAUGUCCUCAUGUGCAUGGGAUUUUACCAUAAAAUUCCAGCUGAUACAGAAACCAUCAGGCAUUUGAAAAAGUUUCAUGCAAUAAGUAGUACCAUUCGUUCUGUUGAGAAGGAUGUAGAGUCCAUCUAUGGGAAGUAUGCGUCAUUCCAAUUCCUGGCAUAUUGGUUCGAGCUGUGGGACGAUUAUGAGAAAAUAUUUGGGAAGACAAGUGAAAUGCUCCCAUCUGAUUAUCGACUAAUUACCGCAACCAAUAUGAAGAGCAAGGUUUCUAAGAAAAGAAGGUAGAAUAGUUGUGUGAGAUUCAGAUGAUCUAAAUUGUACUAUGUCGGGGUUGCAGAACUUUGUGAAGAAACUUUGGAGCCCAUGAUGUGAUGCUUCUAGCUCAACACAGAAUAUACUAUCCUCGGAAAAAAAAACUUAAGCAAUGCAUACAUUAUGCUGAUGUAUUCAUGCCCUUAUGAAUGCCGGAGUCAAAUAUCUGCUUUAAGCUUACAUAGAUGAUUUAUUGCUGUUCUCUGACAAUUUGAAGUAAUGGUAAUUGCUAGUGAUGCAGGUAUUAUGGAUGAAGUAAAUGACAUCCGUUGUAAUUAUUUUUGUCAUCAAUAGAAAAUUGUUAAAAGUGA